UACAGGAGAUGAUCAGAGACUGCGGACACAGUACAGGGGAUGACCAGAGACUGUGGACACAGUACAGGGGAUGACCAGAGACUGCGUACACAGUACAGGGGAAGACCAGAGACUGCGGACACAGUACAGGGGAUGACCAGAGACUGCGGACACAGUACAGAGGAUGACCAGAGACUGCGGACACAGUACAGGAGAUGACCAGAGACUGUGGACAUAGUACAGGAGAUGACCAGAGAUUGCGGACAUAGUCCAGGAGAUGACCAGAGACUGCGGACACAGUACAGGAGAUGACCAGAGACUGCGGACAUAGUACAGG